AUGUCGGAUGAUCCGAUCCGGCGCCAGGUUCAGAGAGGGAAUCGAAGCUGUUCUGAGUGCAGACGCCUCAAGGUCCGCUGCAUUCGGACUCCUCCAGAGGCACCAACCUGCCGAAACUGUGAAGACUGGGACAUCGCAUGCGUUCAACAGGUUUGCAGUCCGCGACCAAUUCAGAGCCAACGACUGCCUUCUGGAUACCGAACCGCUCAACUGGAAUCAGAAGUCGCCAGCCUAAGGGCUGCUGUGCGUGACAUCCGACGCAGCCUGGGAUAUCGGCCAGCUGUGAUCCCAGAAUCAACUGGUGCUUACCCGGGAAAGAGUCUCGACAUCUUCCACUCCGUCGUCGUCGACGACGAUGACUCCUCCUCCUCCCCAAGAGUCUCAGGUGUCCUCGCAGCAGAGCAACCUUCUUAUAUGCGGUCGUUGUUGCACAACGACUUGCUCAGUGUAGCAUCGCCUCACCAUGAUCAGUACCUCAGAGACAUCAAGACAAUAACCUCCGCACACUUACUGAACUUGUCUAGGCAAGCACUACAGAAGUUGAUACCGCCCGAGAACGAGAUCUCCGAGCUUGCAAGAUCUAGUUUCAGAUGGCUUGGGCUCAUUUAUGCCCUGCAUCCCCUACCAUUUGCGUUCAGUUCCCAGCAGGAAAUACUGGAAAGCUACGGCUCCAUGCAUCAGCCUGGUGUUGAUAUCAUAGAUCUUGCUUCAUGGCUUCUCGAUGUUUCGUUUUUGGCUCUGCAGGACGGGCAAGGACGGGCUACUCCUGCCACCAAACUUCAAAACACUCAAAGGGCCACGUCCUUCCCCCGAGCCGUAGCUUAUACGGUGGAAACCAUGAUCCUGUCUCAUGAUCGAAUCACGAGAAUAGAGCGUGGGAUAGUGAUGGCGAUGCGUCUUCUUCGACUUCAGAUGGGCAUGGGAAAGUUUGAAAAGGCGUGGCUCCGAUCGCGACAUAUCAUCGCGGUCGCGGAGCUUUCCGGAAUUCCCAGUAUAUCCCGAGCGGUCCAUUACAACAGAGCCAAUGGACUGGCCGUCGAUUACACCCAGCUUCAAACUGCUAAAUUGUGGGAACUGAUAUGUUCUCCAGAUAGGCUCCUCGCCAUGCUGGUCAAUCUGCCAUCCGGCACCAGGCGAUUUUGGCGCCCAACCAAUGAAUUAGCACUAGUUAUCAACGGUGUGGUGCAGCCUCCGACCUACUUGGCAUACCUGUCGGAUUUUGCCAACAGAGUCCAGUCUCUGGAGGAUAUGAGCAAGGCAGAAGGACUGGGUCCUGAGGUCUACGCAUCCGUAUUAGAGCUCGACAAAGACAUGAGGAUGCUUGCAUCUCACACCCCCAGACCCUGGUGGACUGAAGAGACUGAACCCCGAAAUUCAGGCCGCGUACUCCAGGUUAUGCAUUUCUACAUCCUGUUGAGGGUGCACCUACCCUUUGCCAUGCGACGACAGCCCAAUGAAGAGUACUUCUACAGCCGCCUGACCUGUAUGGAUGCAUGUGAGUCAGUAGUGGAGCGCUAUCCAUUCUUGCGUUUGGCGGUUCCUUCGGGCGCCUUUAUCGCACGGCUCUUGGAUCUGCAGGCCUUCGUUGCCACGGUCGUCCUUCUCCUUACGUCUCACACCUCGCCCUCGACGGACCGCUUGGAACUAGAGGUCAACAAGCCGAGAAGGGAAGCUGCGAUUGCGGCAAUGUUCAACUUCCUAGAAGACCACGGCUCAUCCUGUUCCAGCUUUGCCCAUCAUGGCGUUGUCACCAUCCGCUCGCUUCAGGCACUGCUCCAGCAAGAUAGCAAUGCCUCGAUUUUACAGCAAUUGAGAUUGAAAGUGCCGCUUCUUGGGACCGUCCUUGUCCACCGCAACGAGCAUCUAGCAUAUGCACCACCGGCCGACAAUCUUGAGGCUUUACAUACUGGAGAACAAUCAAGCAUGGAUUUGAUGAACAAGCCGCUCGAUGCUCAGAAUAAGGGGGACUCUACUCUCAACCAUGAUUCCGCUUGGACGCCCGCCACACAGCUUCGAGCAGAAUGGCACCCGAAUCAGUUCUCGUGGUCGAUCGAGGAGAACCAUGGAAAUUUAUUCGAAGAUUCCUACAUGGACAAGGCCUUUGACCAGUCUCCAAUGUGGCAGACACAAAUUGAUAAUUUACCUCCCUAG